AUGGGCGAGGACGGCAUAAAACUGCUUCAACAGAGGCUGGCCGAACGAACCCGCGAACAUAAAGCAACGCGCGAAGCAGCCCUAGAGAGCAAAUUUCGUAAGCUGCUUGCUCCAAUGUCAUCCAAGAACGACAAACUGGUGCACAACUUGUCGUCAAAGGAGCUGACGGAGGAACAAAUACAGGUUUUACGGCACGAGGCCUCAUUCAACACAGCCGAUGCCAAACCUGCCAACAUGAUCGCGGCAGUGGAAUCAAUCCUCAGCCAGACGGGAGCGACAGACGAAUCGAAGAACCUCAUUCGACACCAAGUGUCCUCCCUCCUCAUGGCUCAUAGGCCGCGCGACGUGCUUUCCAAGGUCGAGCGCGAUGCACUUAAGGAACUCAGGGCCGACAACGACCUCGUUAUCGUGCCUGCGGACAAGGGGCGUUCAACGGUCGUAUUGGACAGGACAGACUACAAUCAAAAAGUCAAAAGCUUGGUGGAGGAUCGUCAGUCCUAUGUCCCAUGCGAAUCCAACUCCAUGAAAACGCUGACACGCGAGAUUAACGCGACGCUGUUGGCAAUGGAGAAAUCAGGUGCAAUAUCGCCAUUCGACCGGCGCAUGGCGAGAGCACAAGAAACGGCCCUAGCCGAUUCUACGGUCUCCCAAAAGUGCACAAAGAGGGCGCUCCUCUCCGGCCUAUAG